GAAUGCAGUCAGCCCCCUGGGAAAGCAGAUAUCAGCGAGGCGCUGCCCGCCCGCCGCCCGCACUCCGCCGCUGCGCUGCGCUCCGCUCCCCCGGGGCCUCGGCUGCUCCUCGGCGCUGGCCCGAAGCUCUUCCAAGUGUUCCCUCGGAGUGAAGUUCGCGCGGGGACGCGCCCCAGCCCACCGCCGCCAUGGAUGCCAUCAAGAAGAAGAUGCAGAUGCUGAAACUGGACAAGGAGAACGCCUUGGACAGAGCCGAGCAAGCCGAAGCGGACAAGAAGGCAGCGGAGGAGAGAAGCAAGCAGUUAGAGGAUGACAUUGUGCAAUUGGAAAAGCAAUUGCGUGUGACGGAGGAUUCAAGGGACCAAGUGCUGGAAGAGCUACACAAGUCUGAGGAUAGUCUCCUCUCCGCAGAGGAGAAUGCUGCCAAGGCUGAGAGUGAGGUAGCUUCUCUGAACAGACGCAUCCAGCUAGUUGAGGAAGAGUUGGAUCGGGCUCAAGAGCGCUUGGCUACUGCCCUGCAGAAGCUGGAGGAGGCGGAGAAGGCUGCAGAUGAGAGUGAAAGAGGAAUGAAGGUCAUUGAAAACAGAGCUCAGAAGGAUGAAGAGAAGAUGGAAAUCCAGGAGAUCCAGCUUAAAGAAGCUAAGCACAUUGCUGAAGAGGCUGACCGCAAGUAUGAAGAGGUGGCUCGUAAACUUGUGAUCAUUGAGAGCGACCUGGAGCGGGCUGAGGAGCGUGCUGAGCUAUCAGAAAGCCAAGUCCGACAGCUGGAAGAACAGUUAAGAAUAAUGGAUCAGACCUUGAAAGCAUUAAUGGCUGCAGAGGAUAAGUACUCGCAGAAAGAGGACAAAUAUGAAGAGGAGAUUAAAGUGCUGACUGACAAACUGAAGGAGGCUGAGACUCGUGCUGAAUUUGCUGAGAGGUCAGUAACCAAGCUGGAGAAGAGCAUUGAUGACCUAGAAGACCAACUCUACCAGCAACUUGAGCAAAACAGUCGCCUAACUAAUGAACUAAAGCUGGCACUGAAUGAGGAUUAAACUUUAGUGUGGCUAUAUCGUUGACUUGUUUAAAAACUGCUUCUGCCGAAUUUCCUUAAGAACGAAUCAGUAAAUGUAGAAAUAAGCAAGAAACCUAGAAACUUAUUUUUUUCAGGCUGUUGAUUCUGUGGUAAAUUAAUGAAUGAAAUUCUGAGUUUCUGUUGGAAAAACAUGCUUCUGGAUGAGGCUUUAUUAUCUGUAUGUACGCCUGCUUUGGAGGAGCAGUAAGCUCUUUUGCUGUGCAAUUGCUCCUUUCCACAUCAGUAAUCAGCUACAGCAUUUAGCUAGCAGCAUCCAAAAAGUAACAGCCUGCCUUGUAGGCGGGUACACUUGCUGUAUCCGACAUCGUGAAUUGGCCCUGAGAUUUUCACUAGAACGUGGACAAGAGAAAAAAUAUUCACCGGGAUUCAUAUUUCCAUAUUUCAAAACUAUAAAGGAUAUUUUGUUAUCUGGAGCGUUUAAUGCAAUGAUUUUGCAUUACUAUGAAUUGGGCUUGUAUUUGACUUUAAUAAGAAGAAUUAAAAAAAAAAAAAAACUAGGAAUGGGAGCUCCAUCUGAAAAUACCCGGUCAGUUAAAGGUAUGCUUACAUUAGUAUGAAGUUACUAUUUCUGGAUUCUGGUAGGAUGCAGCUCUAGAACGUUGUGCUCAUUUGUUGUAUUAAAUAAGUGUGUUAAAUGACUGUCCUAUAAAAGUGUGCAUGCAACAUAAAGCCACUAGCUUUGAUUUUAUUCAUUUCCUAGAAGGGAAAAUUUAAGGGUCACUUCACUGACUAAUAGAUUAGUUUUAAUUUUUUUUGGUCUUUGCAAGGUCUGAAUUACAUGGAACUUAAAGUGUGGAUCUAUAAAGAAUAAUUAUUUUCUUUAUUGCCUUAAUUUUCUUAAAAAAUGAAAUGAAACUCACCAUCCCAGAUUCUUGUAAGCAAAGAGUUUCUAGAACAUGCAAGAACUCGAUCUUUGUUGGCAGUGCAUUUUCUUAACAAAUGCAGCUGUAAACACUUCGAAACUUGCAUUAUUUGCUGUUUGUUUUAUGAAUUUGGAAUUCUGUCUACUUAUGUUGUCUGAGCACAUUGGUAUUUAUGAGCAUGCAUAUUUCUUAACCUUCUAAACCAUCCAAUAGGAAUGAUGAUUGCAUGCCUUUGUGUUCUGAGAAUCAGUGCCUCCAAAGAACUGCUAUUCAUGUUUUAAUUUUCUAAUCCCA